UGGAGGCGGCCGGACCGCAGUGGAGAGACGGAGGCGGCGGGACGCGGGAGCUGCGGCGCGGCGGCCUCUUCCCUCCGCGGUCGCCCCACGCCCUGUCCCGGAGGCUCCGGGUAGCGAGUGGGUCCUCUCCCCUUUGCCCCCGCAGGAGUCGCAGGCGCAGCAGCGACGGCCCAGCGAAGGACGCGGCGCCCGCUCCCCAGGCUAAGGCGCCACCGCCGCGACCUUCCAGCGGCGGGAUGUCGGUGGUGGGCAUUGACCUCGGCUUCCUCAACUGCUACGUGGCCGUGGCGCGCAGCGGCGGCAUCGAGACCAUCGCCAACGAGUACAGCGACAGGUGUACCCCGGCCUGUAUAUCUUUGGGAUCAAGAACUCGAGCCAUUGGAAAUGCAGCUAAGAGCCAGAUAGUCACAAAUGUAAGAAAUACAAUUCAUGGCUUCAAAAAACUUCACGGGCGAUCAUUUGAUGAUCCCAUUGUGCAAACUGAAAGAGUCAGGCUUCCUUAUGAACUGCAGAAGAUGCCCAAUGGAAGUGCAGGAAUUAAGGUGCGGUAUCUAGAAGAAGACAGACCUUUUGCAAUUGAGCAAGUUACUGGAAUGCUGUUGGCCAAGCUUAAAGAAACUUCAGAAAAUGCCCUGAAGAAACCAGUGGCUGACUGUGUGAUUUCAAUUCCUAGCUUUUUCACUGAUGCUGAGAGAAGAUCUGUGAUGGCUGCAGCUCAGGUUGCAGGCUUAAAUUGUUUAAGGUUGAUGAAUGAAACUACUGCAGUUGCACUAGCAUAUGGAAUUUAUAAACAGGAUCUUCCCCCGUUAGAUGAGAAACCAAGAAAUGUAGUAUUUAUUGAUAUGGGACAUUCUGCCUAUCAGGUCUCGGUUUGUGCUUUUAACAAAGGAAAACUUAAAGUCUUGGCUACUACCUUUGACCCAUAUUUGGGUGGCAGGAACUUUGAUGAGGCCUUAGUAGACUACUUCUGUGAUGAGUUCAAGACCAAAUAUAAGAUAAAUGUAAAAGAAAACUCUCGGGCCUUGUUACGUUUGUAUCAGGAAUGCGAAAAACUCAAGAAGCUGAUGAGUGCAAAUGCAUCCGAUCUUCCACUAAACAUUGAGUGUUUCAUGAAUGACCUUGAUGUUUCUAGUAAAAUGAACAGGGCUCAAUUUGAACAAUUGUGUGCUUCCCUCUUUGCCAGGGUUGAACCACCUUUAAAAGCAGUUAUGGAACAAGCUAACUUACAACGGGAAGACAUAAGUAGUAUAGAAAUUGUAGGAGGAGCAACACGGAUUCCUGCAGUGAAGGAACAGAUCACGAAGUUCUUCCUUAAAGACAUCAGCACCACCCUAAAUGCUGAUGAAGCUGUUGCAAGAGGAUGUGCAUUGCAGUGUGCAAUUCUGUCACCAGCAUUCAAAGUGCGUGAAUUUUCUAUAACAGACCUGGUUCCCUAUUCAAUUACAUUAAGAUGGAAGACCUCUUUUGAAGACGGAACUGGGGAAUGUGAAGUAUUUUGUAAGAACCAUCCUGCCCCAUUCUCAAAAGUCAUUACUUUUCACAAGAAGGAACCAUUUGAUCUAGAAGCAUUUUAUACUAAUUUGCAUGAAGUGCCUUAUCCUGAUCCAAGAAUUGGGAGCUUCACUAUUCAGAAUGUUUUUCCACAGUCUGAUGGUGAUAGUUCCAAAGUGAAAGUUAAAGUUCGGGUUAACAUCCAUGGAAUCUUCAGUGUGGCUAGUGCAUCAGUAAUUGAGAAGCAAAAUGUGGAAGGGGAUCACAGUGAUUCUCCUAUGGAAACAGAAGCUACAUUUAAGGAUGAAAAUAAAGAUGAUGUGGAUAAAAUGCAGGUUGACCAAGAAGAAGGAGUUCAUCAAAAAGUUCAUGCUGAACAUACCCCAGAAGAGGAAAUUGAUCAUACAGGAGCCAAAACAAAGACAGCACCCUCAGAAAAACAAGAACGAUUAAAUCAGACCAUUAAAAAGGGAAAAGUCAAGAGUGUUGAUCUACCUAUCCAGAGUACCCUAUGUAGACAGCUGGGCCAAGAUCUUCUCAACAGCUACAUUGAAAAUGAGGGGAAGAUGAUAAUGCAGGAUAAGUUAGAGAAAGAAAGAAACGAUGCUAAGAAUGCAGUCGAAGAAUAUGUAUAUGAUUUUAGAGACAGACUGGGCACUGUCUACGAAAAAUUCAUCACUCCAGAAGACAUGAGUAAACUGUCUUCAGUACUGGAGGACACAGAAAAUUGGCUUUAUGAAGAAGGAGAGGACCAACCUAAACAAGUUUAUGUGGAUAAGCUUCAAGAACUAAAGAAGUAUGGCCAGCCUAUUCAAAUGAGGUACAUGGAACAUGAAGAGAGACCAAAAGCUUUAAAUGACUUGGGAAAAAAGAUUCAACUUGUCAUGAAAGUGAUAGAAGCCUAUAGAAACAAGGAUGAAAGAUACAAUCAUUUGGAUCCUGCUGAAAUGGAAAAAGUUGAAAAAUAUAUCAGCGAUGCCAUGAUUUGGCUGAACACUAAGAUGAAUGCACAGAAUAAAUUAAGUCUCACUCAAGAACCUGUGGUUAAAGUUUCGGAAAUUGUUGCGAAGUCUAAGGAGCUAGAUAAUUUCUGUAACCCCAUCAUUUACAAACCCAAACCAAAAGUAGAAGUGGCUGAAGACAAAACAAAAGCUAAUAGUGAACAUAACGGACCAAUGGAUGGACAGAGUGGAACGGAAACUAAACCAGAUGCAACAAAAGACAGCACACAGCAUACUAAAUCAUCUGGGGAGAUGGAAGUGGACUAAGUCUUAAUUUUACCUUCAUAUAAUUCAAAUAGCAAAUAGUGCAAGUAACCACAGGGUCCAUUCAUCUUUUACAUCUGGCACACAAAACAGAUGUUCCAUUGUUCUUAACUACUUUGUCAUUUGUUUCUUGAAGUAGUUUUGCAAAGUGAGUGCACCUGUCAUUUCAUUACUGCUUAUGUGAAGCUUCAGCUGAAUAUAGAUGUACAAGUCAGUUUUAGCUUUCCUGAUGUAGUUUAUAUCAAACAUGCAGAAUUGGUAUGUAAUUGGCAAUAGUCUACCUAAACCUCACUUCCUUUAUUCAGGAAAGGAUACCGUAUUGCACUAUUGUUGCAGAAGCAUAGAUUUAACUGCAUUGUAAUUUUGAAAAGCAAAAGUUGAUGUGGUUUAAAGCCACUGAGGGUACGGGCCUUUUUCUAGUUAUUGUAUUGUUAUAAUUUAAAUAUUAAAACAAAUAAGAGGUUUCUGAACAAAUUAGUCCAUCUCAUUGGUAUACCACAAGAACUCAAUUUUGUUGUCAUCACAUAAAUGAACUAAGUCACAUGUGGAAAGAGAAAAUGCACAAUUUUAUGUUAAACUGACACCAGCAGUUUGCCUCUUUAGUUAGUAAUGUGCAUUGAUGUUUUCUUAGAAUCUCUUCUUUCACUUGAAACUGUUGAUUUACUUGUCCUGAAGACGAGCUGCUGCUGAAAUAAUGCUAGCUUAAAAGAGAAGCCUUUUUGAUGAAAUUACAUUAUGGGGAAAAUGCUGUUGACCUACUCAGACAUGCAUCUGUGAUCUUGGUACCUCAUUUCAGUUUUAAUAGUUGUGUUGGUUUUCUUAAUUGAUUUUGUUCAUAUCUUAACACAGGGUAGGGAGAAAUGGCACAAUGCAUUGCACAAUAUUAUCAUUGAUUUACUGAAUGUUACAAUAUAAACACUAUUAAAUAAGCAGUAAUACUGAAAAGGAGCACUUAUACCAUAAGACUUAGGAAAUAAUGCUUGUAAUAAACUUAACUGUGUUACAUAUCAAUAGGCAAAAUAUAUAAUGUUACAUAGUGUGAUAUGAUGUGAUUAAAUUAUAGUUCCUGCUGUUAAAUUAACUUUUGAAACCUUG